AGUCACCAUUGAGCUGCUGAAGGUACAAGACAUUUUUUUUUUGUUCUUAAACGAUUACUUUAAGACCGUCGUACAAGAGGCGUCCUCUCCUUUAGGAACUCUCAAAGGGGAUUCUUUUUGUUUCUCAUAAAAAAAUAAUAUUAUAUAUAAAUUCCUUUUUAACUUGAAAAGAAGAAUCUUCACAUUUUUGCCAUCAAUCCAAUAAUUUUUGUGCUGUGUGUCGGUUUAUUUAGUGUUCUUUUUUUUUAAUUUCUUUUACACAAUUUUUCUGUGGUGCUUCCAAGUGGCCAAUUAAGGCUGGAGCAAUUAAAGGCAGUUUCUUGUGACAAAGAUCGAGUGCCUCCGUAUUGUUUCAUAUAUGAUUUGUGGUGUGCCAAAGAGUGCAGAAAAGAUUUCAAGAAGACCAACUGGUCAGUUGAGAAAAUGAAAUCCAUGGUGGACUAAAAAAAAAGUUUAAAAAAAAAGUGCAAAAACCUGGAGAAAAGGAAAACAAUCCAACCAACAAAUCCAUUCUUUAUAUGAAUUCAUCGACGAGAAAGACUUCUUUCUCACCAAUUAAUUAUUUUUUUAAAGAAAUUUGACGACUUCCCAAUCUUCUCUCCAAUUUUAUUUAACUUGGCAAAAUGCCGGAUCUCUGGCAAAACAUCUGUCUUCACAUCCUACUAACUUGCCCUAUAUUUGUGAAUGUCUGGUCACGGCACGAUCACUUGUACAUGGGACUCGAUCAUCGACACCACCAUCAUUUGCACUACGAGAAGGACAAUGAUCUCUCGCUGUGGAUCAAUGAGAUGCAAGUUAAAAUGUUCAGUGGCUUCUCAAUGAAAAUAUUUGCAAUUGAUAAUGGUAAGGUAUCACCUCAUAUUAAGGAUCCCAAUUUCAGUAUGUACCUUCCAACAAUACCGUCUGAAGUAAGUUAUGUGAAUUUUACAUGGAAAUCCGGUGCCAAAAAAUAUGAUUAUCAUUUCGAUAGAUUGCAAUCAUUAGAUGAAAAUAUUCUUAAGCCACCAUCAAUAUCAAUUAAGACAAAGGGACGUGUUCCACGAAAUCCUAAAGAAUUCAGUGUUUUUUUGCCAUGCUCGGGUAAUGUGUCGGGUGUUGCAAUGUUCAGUAUUGGUUUGCUCAUACAGACACGCAAGGGUAAACCCUUGCCCGGCACUCCCCUACGUCUCACCCUGAGAAAGGAAUGCGCCCACAGAGGUGUGUAUGACAGAGCUUCUCUAACGGCUUCGCAAGGUCCAGAUCCAGAAUGUGAUAAGAAGUGCGCAAAUAACGGUUGGUGCAAUCACGAAAAGAUUUGCCAAUGUCCAGAGGGCUACAUGGGACAGUACUGUACCCAGGCCCUAUGCUACCCACAGUGCCAGAACGGCGGGAAUUGCACAGCUCCAGCCAUAUGCUCCUGCCCCAAAGGCUACCAGGGACGCCACUGUGAAGGGGGUAUUUGCACGGAAAAGUGUCUGAAUGGUGGCAAGUGCAUCCAGAAGGAUAAGUGUGAAUGUCCCAAGGGAUACCUUGGACUUCGAUGUGAAAUCUCAAAGUGCACAAUCCCCUGCCAGAACAAUGGAAAGUGUAUUGGACCCAACAAGUGCCGAUGCCCAGCUGGAAUUUCCGGGGAGCACUGUGAAGUUGGCCGGAGGCAGAGAUCAACAUGCAAGAAACCUUGCAAAAGGGGUGUUUGUAUGCCUGAUCACAAGUGUCACUGCUUCGAGGGAUGGUAUGGGAAAUUCUGUGCACGUAGGGAGAAACACAGUCGUCCCAGUUAUCGCAGUACCCCAAAAGGAAGGCGGUGAAUCUUCUUCCGGGAAAAUGGCUUAUAUCCCUCCCCCAUUAUAAUGUCAACCCUAUCAAUCCCGAUUGGACUCUAUCCUCUGUGUCUAUCUGCCCUUUGGAUUCCCUCUUAUACUCUAUCUCUAAUGUGAUAAUAAAUUUACUUUGAAAAGAAA